AUGUUAAGCCCAACAGUCACAGAAAAUGAAUAAUAAAGAAAAAUAGGUGAAAAGCUUAUUACAAUUAUUCGAACUAUUUUAAUAACAGAAAGAGAAGUCUUAAAUUUGGUUAAUUAUAGGUUGAGGAAUUGAAAAUAACAUUAGCAGAAAAUAUUAGAUUUGAUAUCAGUGAUGCAUUUAGAGCAAUAGAUUCAAACAUGAAAGGAUAUAUAACUUCUUAAGACAUAUUUAGAUUCAUGUGUAAGAAUGGAUAUAGUGUACAUUAAAAGUUUUGUGAUUUCUGGAUCUUCACAUGGAGUAAAGGAGAUGAUAAAUUAAGAUAUCAAUUAUUUCUUGAAUUUAUUGUUCCUAGAUAUGAUAGAGAUGCAGCAAUGUAAUGUAUAGUUAGAAAGUUGUAUUCAGAAACAGGGAAAUGUAUCUAUAAAUAAUUAAUUAACAUAUAGAUAAACUGACAUUUUAUUUAGAGGAAUUUGUUGCUAAGUUAAUAUAUAAGGAAAUUGAUUAUUUAAGAAAUAUUGAAAUAGAGAAAAUGAAUUUAGCUCAAUUAGUUGAAUGGAAAUUCACAACAGUUUUUAAGUAUGUUGCAGGUAAUUUACCUGUUAUUGAUAAAAGAUGUUUAGAUUAAUUAUUAAAUAAAUUUGAAAUACAAUCAUUCACAUAAUAAGAAUAUAAUAUGUUUUUAAAGAGAUUCAAUAAAAAUGAAGAUACAAUUUUAUAAAAAGAUGAAUUUAGUGAUGCUAUAUUCCCAAGUAGAGAAUUGAUUUAAGAAGUUUAACCUCCUAGAGAUGGAUUUCAAGAAUAUGUUCUUAAUCAUGACUAACAAUUAGAUUAGUUAUUGGGUAAGGAUUAAAUCAAUGAUGGAGAUGAUUUUAUAUUCAAACCAGAAGAACAUAAAAUUAAAUUAAAUUCUACUUAAAAAGAUUAAUAAGAGUUUAUUACUAAAAAAUAAUAUCAAAAUGAAUCUACUUAUAAUUAAAACAUUUAUUAACCUCCUACUAAUAAUUAACCAACUUAAAAUAAAGCUAUACUUAUGAGUUUUAAACCACAAUAAACUUAAUCUUAAAUUUAAUAAAAUUCUAUUGAUCAUAGUAUUAAAGCAUCAACUCCAAUUCAUAUGAAAUCUAAAAAUUACAAAAGUCCUAAUGAACAACCUUCUCAAUAUCAAUAAUAAGAUUUACUCUAAUAAUUUGAAAGAAAAUAAAAUACUUCUUAAAUGGCAUUCAGUCAAGAUAAUUUAUCUGGUUAUAAUAACUAUUAUAAUUAAAAUUUCAAUUUGGAAUAGUCUUAAUAAAUUUAAUAUAAAUAAUAUAUUAAUUAACCAACAAAUGCUUAGUAUAUUUUAUCAAAAUAAUGA